GCCCUGGAGAGGGGGCGGGGCUGCGGGCUUAGGACUUCGGACUCCAGCCCCAGACCGCCUGCUGCCGAACUGACCCGGCAGCUCAGCGUGCAGGGGACGAGCCAUGACGGCGCCGCGGGGGCUCUGGCCCGAGGUGCAGGACACCUGCACCUCGCUGGGGUUGAUGCUGUCGACCGUGCUGUUCAUGGCGCUGGCUCGCGUGGUCCUCCGGCGGCAUAUGCACAGGCCCGUGGCCCACAUCUUUGUCUUGGAGUUUCUGGCCACCUUCCAGCUCUGCUGCUGCACCCAUGAGCUGCAAGUGCUGAGCGAGCAAGAACCCGCGCACCCCACCUGGCCGCUGACGCUAGUCUAUUUCUUCUCCCUGGUGCAUGGCCUGACCCUGGUGGGCACCUCCAGCAACCCAUGCGGUGUGAUGAUGCAGAUGAUGCUGGGGGACAUGUCCCCUGAGAUAGGGGCGAUAAGGCUAUUGGCUCAGCUGACUGGUGCCCUGGGCAGCAGGUACUCUAUGGGCGCCCUGUGGAGCCUGGGGCUGACCAGGUAUCACGUCAGCGAGAGGAGCUUCACUUGCAGGAAUCCCAUCCACGUCGACUUGCCCAAAGCCAUCAUCAUAGAGGCCACCUGCUCCUUUAUCUUCCACAGCGCUUUGCUGCACUUCCAGGAGGUCCGAAACAAGCUUCGUAUCCACCUGCUGGCAGCACUCAUCACCUUUUUGGUCUACGCAGGAGGAAGUCUAACAGGAGCUAUCUUUAAUCCAGCUUUGGCACUUUCACUACAUUUCAAGUGUUUUGAUGAAGCAUUUCUUCAAUUUUUUAUAGUAUAUUGGCUGGCUCCUUCUUUAGGUAUAUUGUCCAUGAUUUUGAUGUUCAGCUUUUUCCUUCCAUGGCUGCAUAACAACCAUACGACUGAUAAAAAGGAAUAACUAUUCCAAAGGAUUCGGACUAAAUGACAGGACAGUCCAGCUGGACAUGAUGAAGAUUUUGUCACCUCAUAGUCAACACACUGGCUGCACUGCAGUGGAACUGCUGGCCUCCUUUGAGGAAGCUGCCUUAGUUCUCAUCACUGGGACUUAAAAAAAUUACUGUGCAAACGAGGUACCCCGUGUUUCUCAGUUAAGACUUGUUCUUUCAAGUAUGUAUUCAGUGCUGCUAGAAAAGGCCCACUACAUUAAAUAUAAAUCUCAAGUGAUAAUUGUCCAUUUUGAUGAGGAAAAAAGUGAGCACAGGGUGAGAAGGGAAAGCAAGGUGGUGGCAGGCCCAAAGAGAGAGUGUGUACACCAAGCGUCUGAGUGAAGAGGAUUUUUAACCAAAGUGCAAUGAGCUGCGUUCAUAGAGCUGGAGAGACGCCACUACCCAGCCAGCACCUCACACCGCGGAACCGGUGUUGCCUUUCAAUAGGAAAGUUGCUUUUGGAAGUAGAUUAUAUAUCUAUUCACACUCAGGGGGUUUCCUACAUUUUAAAUAUAUUCUAAUCUAAAAUAUUUUAAGUAGAGAGACUCCCUAGCUUUAGGCAAGCUGUUACUCUUUAUUAGGAUAUAAUCGAACAAAGCACCCACACAAAGUCAAGAGGUAAGCUUUUCACACUUAUUUGAUCCUAAUCAAAGUAGGUGGGGCAUGUAUUUUUAAUCUGCUCUACAGAUAAGGAAACUAAAUCCAGGGGGUCGCUGCCCUGCCCAAGGUCAAAUGCAGCCAAAUACCGUCUUUAGGACUUCUACUUCAAUAUAAAAAGUGUUCUCCAUCUUCAGUAUGACUACAGGGAAAUUGAAGAUUUUGAAGAAACAUUAAAUACUUCAUAAUGUUAAAAUUUGUUUAGGAAUUAGCUUUUUUUUUUAAGGCUUAAAGAACCUUUAAAUUUCCUCUAUUAGAGCUCUCCUUUAUUGUACGAGGUCUACUUUAUUAAACGUCCAGGCCAUGAGUUAGGUGUGUUUCUCUCCAAAGACAAUUCCAUUAUCAGGAUUAGAAUUGAAGUAAAAAAAUAGGGGGUGAAAUAAAAUCUGUCUGAGCAAUAAUCAAUUAAGCAAGUGAUAAGCUGCCAGGUAAUUUAAGUGCAGCUUGGCGAUCAGCUUCUAGAUAGUUCCUCUUCUUACACCUGCAGACAGAACUGUGUGGGAGGCUGCCCGCCAGGCAGCCCGUCAGUCCGCCGGUGCUGGACUCCCAGACGCACACCGCGGCAGCGCCUGCUCUAAACGCAGAGUUCAUGAAAUUGUGACUGUGGCUGAAUGCAGUCUCUGACAUGUUUUAUUUAAAACAUAAAAAGCGAGUAUUUUAAGUCUUUUUCCCAUAAAAAUCCAGUUUUUCUUGCAAAAGAUCAAAAGAUCUAGCAAUACUAGGCCUACAUUCUGCCAUGGGAACAACAGAAAGUGGUCAUUCCCUUUAAAGUGGUCCCUUCGGCCCUGGCCUGCGGUUGGUUGGGUGUCAUCCAGCAAAGCGAAAUGUCACUGGUUCAAUUCCUGGUCAGGGCACCUGCCUGGGUUGUGGGUUUGGCUCCCUGUCAGGUGUGAGCAAGAGGCAAAUUAUCAGUGUUUCUCUCACAUUGAUGUUCCUCUGCUUCUUUUUCUAUCCCUUCCCCUUUCUCUAAAAAAUAUUUUU